UGGAAAGGACUCGACUGUAAAACGGAAUGUGAAGCAGGCAAGUAUGGCGCUGACUGUCUGCAAAUUUGUCAUUGUGACGCUGCUCAGUGCGACCAUUCCAGAGGCUGUAAUGAGAACGCAACAUGCUACACUGGCUACAACGGUACAAGAUGUUUAGAUUCAACCGCCAUUAUGAAAAUAAUUUUUGAGCACGAUACAGAUAAUUUGACGUGUGACUCUAUGUACACGAUACGAGUACUUACUGCAGUCUAUUGCCGAAUGCACCUUGGUGUGGUUUACUGCGAUCACACAUCAACAGGUUACACAAAUUGCUCGAUCGACGUGUUUCAGGACAUCUCUGGGAAGUGUGAUGGUAAAAACAGAUGUACUAUAACGGCUUCAAAUGACAAUUAUGGUGACCCUUGUGAGGGUACCUACAAGUACUUGAACAUUGAAUAUGAAUGCAUGAUACUUUCUGAAGACAGUCCUACAUCUUUCAGAGGGCACACCACUCUUUGCAUUGUGCAUUCUAGUCAUCAUACGACGUCUAGUGUGACAACAACUGAUGGAAGUAUAACCAGCAAAAUUAUUCUAAGGCAAUGGAUUGAAACUCCAAAUAUUGACGUAUGUUAUCCAAUCCAAUCCAAUCUUUGACUUACAAGGCACAAUGCGCCAUUUAAGGGAGUGCUCAGGAAAAAAGAAACAAAGGGAGAAAGCUGAAUACAGGGAGAAAAAGCAAGCAGAAAAGAGAGAACAGAAGAAAAACAAAAAGACAUAAAGAAAACAUUAACAUGAGCAGUCACAUUUCAGCAUUGAUUUCCAAAUACGAUCAUCGAGAUACGUAUACGAUUGAGCUACAUAAUCGUGCAUGGUUUCAGUAACACAUAGAAUUAGACUGUUGCAGUGUUAAAUCACAUUUGACCGUCAAUAUCAAAAGGUAUACGUAUUGUAUCGCUUAAAAAUUAUAUAGAGUAAAUUUUAGGUAUAUGUUAUUAGAAUUAUAAAUAAGUUUUGUGGCAGCAGGCAUAGGCUAAUCGUAACAUUAAUCUGAUCAUCUUAAUUAUUAUUCAAUUGAAAGAUGUGUAAACAAUUAAUUAGCACCCUAUCAAACAAUCAACUAAAUAAUCAAUCAACUAAUCAAAUAUAUCAAUUAGCCAAUCAACCAAUCAAUUAUUAAAGCAAUACAUUUUAGCUAUAGAAAAAACAGAAGUCAAAAUCAUACAAACAAUUUUAUUAACAACCAAUAAAAAUAUUACCUAAUAAUACUAAUUAAUUUAUUGAUAUUAUUAUCAUUAUCAUUGACAUUAUUAUUACUAUUACUAUUAUAAUUAUAAAAUGUAUUAUUAUUAUUAUUAUUGUUAUUAUUAUUAUUAUUAUUAUUAUUAUUAUUAUUAUUAUUAUUAUACGGUAUAACAAAAACAAUCAACAAUCUUAUGCAUGAGUUUGAAGUCCUACUUUAUGGACAAUAAAUAGCGUUCCUGUACCCUAAUAGUAACCCAAAUUCUCAAUUUAACCCACCCUAAAAACCAAUCAGGUGCUUUACUGUAUUUUCAGUAUAUUUAUGAUCCUAAACCCGAAAAAUAUAAAAUAUUAAUAUAAUCUAAUAAUAGGCCUAGGGCCUAUACCAAAAAAUACAAAAUGAUAUACAUCUUUUGAUAUAUGUUAUUGAAUUUAUGAGUUUAAAUAAUGUACACUCAGGUAUGUUUUAAAUGAUUUUUGUGCGUUAUAUUACUGGUAGCUUAAUAUGAUAAUAAAGUUUUGUAGAAUAAAGAAACAUACAGUUAUUAGUUUAUAACCGCUCGGCAUCCUUUAUAUUAUUUAGAAUAAUGAUAUUUAUUUUCUCUUAACUUUUAGUAGUAUAUUAAUAUAAUAAUAGAGUUUAUAAUUCUAAUUGUAGUCGCAAUUUAUAAUCAUAAUUAAUUGUGUUGAAUGUGUUAUGAUCUAUAAUUUGUCGGUCUUGUUUUUUUUAAUUUAGAAUAAUGACUUUUUUCGUUUAUUUGUAUAACCAUGAUAUUACGAUGGUGGAAUUUAUAAUUGCAAUUUGUAAUGGUUUAUAAUCGGCCGGCCUUCUUUAUAUUCAUUAUUCCUUUUUUUCUUAAAGUUUUUUAGUAAGAUAUUAAGUUUAUAAUGCUAUCAUUAAGUGUAUAAUGCUAAUAAUAAUAAUCAAAAUUUGUAUAAUAUAUUAUAGUUUGGUUAAUAAUCCUUCGACCUUGUAUUUUGUAUACAGUAAUGAUUUUUUAUUUGCAGUUUUUAGUUUAGUUUAGUUUAGAGUUGAUACACAUUGUAAAGCAUUAUGUAUACUCAUAUGGUGCUAAUGAAUUGUUUUAAAAUACUUAUUAUGUAUUAUUAAAUAAACCGAUUCAUUUUUUGUUUUAAAAUUAAAAUAGCAAUCAUAUUAUCAAUUAAAAAAAUUAUCGAUCGCUCUAUGCUUUAUUUACAGCAAUUCUUUUUUAAAACACAUGUGACCGUUUAACAGUACAGUGUUAUUUUUUUUUUUUGUAUUAAGAUAAUAUAAUCAUUUUUAUAAACCAUUUUAUUUAUAAAAAUUAUCUGAUAGACCUACUUUUUGUUUUUCAAAAGUACAAUAACAACUAGACUUACCGUACUAUGUCUGUUUGAACAACAGAACAUAGGGCUUCUUCCAAUGCUUUAAUGAGAAAUGAAGUUGAAAUUGCAACAAAAAGAAA